AUGUCUCGGCAGUCGACCUGCAGAAGCUUUGGAGGCGGGAGUAGAAGGGGCUACAGCUCUUGCUCUGCCAUCGGUGGUGGCUUUGGAGGAGGUGGAGGCAGAAGCAGGAUCAGUUACAGUUCAUACUCCUCAUCCAGGGGAGGUGGAGGAGGUGGAUACGGUGGAGGGUUUAGCAGCAGGAGCCUCCAUAACAUAGGUGGCAGCAGAGGGAUUACCGUGGGUGGAUGCUACGGUGGUGGAGGAUACGGAGGCAGAAUGGGUGGCUUUGGUGGAGGAAUGGGCGGCUUUGGCGGAGGAAUGGGUGGCGGAGGAAUGGGUGGUGGUGGAAUGGGUGGCUUUGGUGGAGGAAUGGGUGGCAGAGGAAUGGGUGGCUUUGGUGGAGGAAUGGGUGGCGGGGGAAUGGGUGGCGGAGGAAUGGGCAUUGGUGGCCCUGGCUUCCCUGGAGGCAUCCAACCGGUGCAAGUUGACCCAAGCCUCCUGCGGCCGGUCCAUGUUGAGAUUGACCCCCAGAUCCAGCAAGUGAAAAACCAGGAGAAGGAGCAAAUUAAGAAUCUUAACAAUCAGUUUGCCUCCUUCAUUGACAAGGUCCGCUUCCUGGAGCAACAGAACAAGGUCCUCUCCACCAAGUGGGAGCUCCUCCAACAGCAAGGGCCUUCAGGACCAAGGAAGAACCUCGAUGUCAUCUUCGAAAAUUACAUCCAGAACCUGAGGAGGAAGCUGGAAUCAAUCUUGUCCCAGAGGGAGCAGCUGGAGUCAGAGCUGCAGAACAUGCGGCAGUAUGUGGAGGAGUACAAGACCAAGUAA